AAAAUAAACGAAGAAUUGCUCAGAGAACGUCAGGCUACACAUGAUUUAGAGGACGAAAAACGCAAAAUAAACGAAGAAUUGCUCAGAGAACGUCAGGUUACACAUGAUUUAGAGGACGAAAAACGCAAAAUAAACGAAGAAUUGCUCAAAGAACGUCAAGAACACUGGAAAUUUGUACACCAAUUUGCAAAAACAAUAGAGAAACUUCAAAACAAAGUACAUAUCAAAGGAUGUCAAAAUGUACAAAUCGGGGACUCAAAUAUCGUAAAAGAUGAAGUGAUGUCUCAGGGGCAGAAAUCUAAUAUCGUCAAAGAUGAAGUAAUGUCUCAAGGGCAAGAGCUUAUACGUAAAUUAUCAUUAUCAAUUGACAAACAUAUCGCAAAAAGACAAGAAUUGGAAAUGGAGAUUCGGAAUAAUAAAGUUAUGCUGAAAGAAAUGCAAGAAACCAUAAAAAAGAUUGUCAGCAACAUUAAGAACAAGUCCAAAAUACUGCGUGAAGAUAAAGAGCUACUAACCGUUCUGACGGAAGACAGGUCAGAUAAAAGAGUAAUUCCUGACGGGGUUGAACAGUUAAGAAAGACCAAACCAGAAUUGCAGAAGCUUCCGCCUGCAGUUAAUGCUAUGAUGGAAAGAUUACUUAACAAAUUUGGUAGUAUUACAUGCGUGAAUUCGUUCAAAUUCUUGAAGGUAAAAAAUACAAUCCAAACAAGGAAAUAGCACCUGAUUAUUUAGACCAAACUGAAGGUUCACAGCUUUCUGUGAAGACGGGACCUGAUUAUUUGCGAGAGUUUGAUAAUGAUGCCUCUCUUGACAAAAGUCUCUGUGUGGAAAUUAUUUCAAAAUGGCUCCAUAUCUCAGAGGGAAACGAUUCUGAAACACUUCUUGCAAAAAUAGAAGCUUACGAAACCAAGUUAU